AUGACUUAUACCUCCCGUGCCCUUGGAGCUGCCAACACCUUAGAAAACAGAGUUUUCAUCGAAAAAGAUGGUAAGCCAGUUUCUCCCUUCCACGAUAUUCCAUUAUAUGCCAAUGAAGAAAAGACUGUCUUAAACAUGAUUGUUGAAGUUCCAAGAUGGACCAACGCUAAGAUGGAAAUCUCUAAGGAAGAAAAGUUAAAUCCAAUCCUUCAAGACACAAAGAAGGGUAAAUUGAGAUUUGUUCGUAACUGUUUCCCACACCAUGGUUACAUUCACAACUACGGUGCUUUCCCACAAACUUGGGAAGACCCAAAUGUUACUCACCCUGAAACUAAGGCCAAGGGUGACAACGAUCCAUUAGAUGUUUGUGAAAUUGGUGAACAAGUCGCUUACGUUGGUCAAGUUAAGCAAGUUAAGAUCUUAGGUGUUAUGGCACUUUUGGAUGAAGGUGAAACUGAUUGGAAGGUCAUUGUCAUUGAUGUCAAUGAUCCAUUAGCCCCAAAGCUUAAUGACGUUGAAGACGUUGAGACCCAUUUACCAGGUUUAUUGCGUGCCACCAAUGAAUGGUUCAGAAUUUACAAGAUUCCAGAUGGAAAGCCAGAAAACCAAUUCGCUUUCUCUGGUGAGUGUAAGAACAGAAAGUACGCUGAAGAAAUUGUUACUGAAUGUAAUGAAGCUUGGGAAAAGUUGAUCAAGGGUGAAUCUCCAAAGGGUGACAUUGACUUGACUAACACUACUUUAGCUCAAACUGCUACUUACUCUGAAGCAGCUGCUACUGAAGUCCCAGCUGGAACUAACUAUGCUCCAGCUCCAAUUGAUAAGUCAAUUGAUAAAUGGUUCUUCAUUGCCGGUGCUCAUUAG